AAGCUACUACUUUUUUAAGUGGUAGUACUUAUAUGAAUCUUAGUUUAAUGUAUUCUAUGAUUUUUAAAUUACAAAUAAUAUUUAGUAAUGAAGAUUUAUUAACAAUAAAAGUUGUAGAUCUCAUUAUGGAAACAACUAUAUUAGAUGAUGAAAAUGAUGAAUAUAAAAAAGAGUGGAUUAUUCAAUUAAUUCAAAAUGAAUUAAAAAACAAUUCUACUAAUAAUAAUAUAAUUCCUUUAAAUGAUAAUUUAAAUAAAGAAUAUAAUAUUCAAAAUAUUG